GGUCCCUUACGUACUUCAUAAAAAAGAGAGAGAAGAAAAAAAAGGAGGCCCUGUCCUUUUUUUUUUCUUGGGGUCCAGUGUCGCAUGCCACGACAACGAUUGAUCAGGGAUCUACCUGAAUGGUGUCAGAAUUGCUAGCGCUUCUAAAGUCUCCUUCUCCUUUUUUUUCGACUCUUAAUUCUCAGCCUCACUUCACUGUUGGGUUGUUUUCUCUCUUAUUACCGUACGAUAGUUACUUCGUACUCUCUCUUGCCAUUUCAAUCCAACUCCACCGGUGUCUUGGUCGACUCCUCGGCACGCGUCAACCGAUUUAGUGGUUCCUGGACCUACCGUACGAACCACCAAUCCCGUCUCUUUCGGCUUGCUUCAAGUCGCGCCGUUGUCCUUGUCGUUGUCGUCGUCAUCGCUCCGGGGCGCCAAACAAAAAAACCAUCCAAACGUCUCAAAUUUCACGACUCACGAGACUACUUCAAUUAUCCAUUUUAAUAGUAUGAGAACGUCGCCUUCACAGGCAGAUUCAAUUCGAGUAUAGAUUUCUUCACAGUACAAUCGAUACGGCCUGUUCGAGGCAACCUCGUCCAACAAUCGAUUUCUCAUCUCCACGCGUACAAUUCUCCACCGCAAUCAUGAAGCUCCGGAGCAUCGUCUUCGUUUCCUCCCUCGCGAUAACCGCUCUGGCUGGUCCGGAUACUGCCGCCAUCACGGACAAGAGCCCCGCUGCUGUAGCGGCAGCGGACACCAAGGCGGGAUCAACCAAGGAUGCACCCGUCGAUGGCAAGGACGGCAGGCCGCACCAUGGACCCUUUGUCGAGAUCGAGAACCUGCGCGACAAGGGAUCUUCGGCAGCCUCGAGCAACUCUGACAUCCCUUCGCUCAAGAAGGAUCUGCCAGUGCUUAAAGACAGACCAUCGGACCCGACCGUUGUCAACGGCAAGAAGAUCCCCGAGUCGAACGAUGGCAUCAUGGACGACAAGAACCGGGCGCACCCGAAGGAGGGUACAACGGGGACCAGCGGUGGCGUGAGCGAGAAGGACAGGGAGCGCAAGGCCAAGGAGGGCCAGACGGGCGAGCGGGUCGAGAAGAAGCCAGAGACUCCCAAGGAGGCCCGGCCGCUUUCGCACAGCGAGCAGGAGAAGGUGAUGAAGAAUGGCGGCGGAAAGGAUGUCAAGGACAAAGAUUUGGCGUCGCUGAAGGAUACCAAGGCAAAGCUCGCGUCACCCAUGGACAAGGAUAGCAAGGAAAAGGCAGAAGAUACAGAUAAGUUCUCGGGACUGGACAAACCAUCAGACCUCCCGGGAAAGACACACGACAAGACUCUUCCUAUCCCUGAUUCAGCUAACAAGGACCAUCUUGAUGUCACCCAGGGCAAGAAGCAGCCCUUGUCGACAGGCAAGACCCCGCAGCUGGCUGCCGGCGCCGACGGUGUCCUUCAGCCCCUGCACUCGUUCUGCCUCUCGCUCACCAUGAUCCUCUUCUCAGAGAUUGGCGACAAAACCUUCCUCGUUGCUGCUCUCAUGGCCAUGAAGCACGACCGCAUGGUCGUCUUCUCCGCCGCUUUCUCCGCCCUGAUCACUAUGACAAUCCUCUCGGCGUUUCUGGGCCACGCCGUCCCGGCUCUGAUCCCCAAGAAGCUCACCAGCUUCAUGGCGGCUGGCCUCUUCUUCGUCUUUGGCGCACGCAUGCUGCGCGAGGGUAUGGCCAUGUCCCCAGAUGAAGGUGUAACGGCCGAGAUGCACGAGGUGGAGCUCGAGCUGGAGGAGAAGGAGUCCCUCGCGCGGAAGCAAGGCAUACGCGGACGUGCCUCGCCCCACGCUCUGGAGAUGGGUCUCGGCGGCAACGGCCACACUUCCCGCAAGUCUCGGGGGCACAACUCGCGCUUCUCCGCACCCCACCGCAGCCCCUCGACCUCGCCGAGCCGGAGCCCGAGCCCGCGCCGGGGAGGCAGCGUCAUGAGCGCUCUUGCCGGUCUGAACAACCUGCUCAGCCUGCUGCUCAGCCCGGCCUGGGUCCAGACCUUCGUCAUGACAUUCCUGGGCGAGUGGGGCGACCGCAGCCAGAUCGCGACCAUCGCAAUGGCGGCCGGACAGGACUACUGGUGGGUCACGCUGGGUGCCGUGUUGGGGCACGCGUGCUGCACGGGUGUUGCCGUCAUUGGUGGGCGUGCCAUUGCCGGGAAAGUCAGUCUCAAAGUUGUCACUGUGGGCGGCGCCUUGGCAUUCCUGCUCUUUGGAUUCAUCUACUUCAUUGAGGCCUUCUACACGUAAGAAUACGACACGAACAGCCAGCGCGUUUGAAAGCAUCAUGUCAGCACAGCAGCCGUCAUGGAGACGGUAUAUCCUCUUGUCACGAUCAGCGGGCAUGAUGCAUUUAUCAGAAAAGAAGCAUACUAUUCUUGUAAUAUGACGACUCCCCCCCAAAAAAAAAACACAACAACCAACUUGUCUUCGCCCAUGCAAACAUCAACAUGUCAGAAUCUUGUACUUCUUCUUUAUUUAUUAUUUCUUGUCAUCACGGGCAGACAACCGGUUUUGUCCCGGGAAUAGACGCAAUGGGAUGGCCUCAAAUGCAACGCUGUAAACUCUCUUUUUAGUAUCUCUCUUUUCGGGCAACUAGGUUCUGCGGGAAAGGCGGAUGGGUUAAAUCUAUAACAAGGGGGGGAAAAAAAGAGGGAUGUAUGGAAUAAUUUGACUUUACUCUGCGUUUGCUUUUCAGCCUGGGCAGGAAUUCAAUUGUAUGAUACCAAAAGAAUGAGGACAAAGAAGGCAAACAUCCCUGAUAUUGUCAUGUUCACAUGUUCAUCGCUAGUAUUGAAUAUGAUCAUGCCGUGA